GGCACCAAGAGGAAUGAUUAUUCCCUUCUGUCUCUGUCUUUGACGUUCUCCCUCUCCGGGAUCCCAAUUUGCAAAUUCGGUCGUGUGAGCGCGUUGUCGGUUCACACAGGAUUGCAGUCGAGAGCGCAGGAUGCUGCGCAGGCGGUUGAGUGCCCGAAGCAGCAACAGCAGCAGCAGCAGCAGCGAAGAGAGUUUGUCGAGGUCCUUGUUCCUGCAUAAUCGAAGGCCAGCAGAAAUUCUAGGGCUCCUUCUCCCAGCAAGCGCCCGCCAACCGCAGCCGGCAUCAGCACCAGGCCCGCGGCCGCCAGAAACACGCCCAUCCCUCGCCCCUUUCCACCGCCCAUUCGCGUCCACGUCCCAGCUACUGCCGCUGCUGCAACUGCUGCACCAUCCACCAUCAACACCAACACCAACACCACGGAGCCUGCAUCCUUCGAUCAGAGCCAUCUAUCACCGCGGGCGCUUGAAAAACAACCUGUUAGAGAUGCACCUGAUCUGACUCCAGAGAUCCAUCAUCCCCAUCCUCCUUUGUCGGACCCACGAUCAUUGACCUCAUCCUCCGCCGACCCUGCACCUCCUGCCGACUACCUCCUAUACCAACAGAAGCCUCUUCCCCCUCCUCCUGCGCUUUCUCAACCUCCCAGUGCGUACAGAAGAUCCUUCCUCGAAGUGUUGCUCCCGCGACAGGGCCAAAAAAGAACCAUUCCACCCGACAACCGCACCGCCACCUCACGUGUCCUCAAUCCCAUCAACUACGUCCCCCGUCCUACUCCAGUCCGAGUCCAGCCUCAACGACCUCAGCUUUCGACCGACGUGGGUGCCGGUGCUCGCGGCACCGGCGAAGUCCAUACUCUUCUCAGCCUCCCCGAACAACGUCGCUCACGUCAACACUCUCCUACUGACCCCAUCGUCGAACACAGUCCUCACCUGACUCCAACUGGCGACCGAACCAGCAUCGGCCUCCCUUCUAAUCAACAGCGCGGCAAUAAUUUUGUUCCCGAGUCUUCUUCUCAAGGUGCCGGACUGAUGGUGGACCUGGAAAAGCAAGACCCUAGUGACCUCAAGCCACCUGAACGGGCGCACACAGUACCUACGUCCAAAUUUAGUGUAGAGGGCCCGACAUCGACGCAGCAAGGACCCUCUGUGCUAGGACAGAGCUAUGGCGUCAAUCCCCUUGAUCAGCCUUUACAACCCCCUCGGCGCAUCACCUCUCACAAGUCACUGAAGCGAGCACAAUCUGCUGCGUCGAUCCACUCCUCGGCCUUUGGCGGGAGAGCAUACACGGAUAGCGGCCAUCCUCCGAAUACAGCAUCCCUAGAAGAUGUGGAAAGAGGAGCAGCAAAUGGAGAUGAAGACAGCGACGUCGCCGAGGAGCUCGCUUGGGGUCCUUCCCACCCCUGUUUCCCACAUUUCAAUCCCCACGUCCCAUUACACUCACCCGAGUACGGCGCGACACGCAUCAUCCGCAUACGCCGCGACUGGAUGGUGGUGGGCGAUCUCGCUCCUACAUUCUCAAACAUAUACCCCGAAAUCCUCGACCCGUUAAUGCAAGAACAAGAAUUUCGAUACGUGAUAGAACACAUCAAUCAAACUCUCUGUCAAGCAUAUGACCCAUUUUCCACGUGGAACUGGUUCGAUGGCAUAAUGGGUGUGUUAACAGGUUGGUUCUGGGAAGAUUUCCGACCCUGGGGAAUCAAAGGCGCUCUCAAGGGACUAGAAGAAUGGUUGGAGGACUGGAAUCAUACAGUCGGUGCGCGAGAUGGGGUGAAAAUUAUCCCGUUGAGGAGGACCGGGUAUAUGAAUCUCGACAUCCAGAUUCCGGAUCCUCAGGUCAGGGUCGUGGGUGAGGACGGGGAGAGCCAGGGCCUGCGACCUAACACACAAGGAACUGGAACAGCGACUGCACCCCCGCAGAGUGCAACGGCUGGUGCAACAAGCAAGGCACGAUGAUGGCUUAAUUUCGAUAUCGCAACCAAGCCAAGCACUGAAGAGAGGUGUGCAGGCGCCAUUGGAGACGCCGGAGGGGAAACCCAUUCUUUCUUUUGUCUGAUUUUAUGUUGUAUCUGUGCAUAUUGGACACGUUUCAGGUCCGCCAUGGGGCGCGAGUCACAGGAUCCGGGGGUAUCUCAGCGGGGCUUUCAGCAAGGCGUUCGAGAUUCGAGAGGUCCACACCAGCAUCGGGCAAUGGGAUUGGGAUACUGGAGCGGCCCAAAAGACACGCAUCUUUCGCUAGCAGAGGGUGAACAGUGGUCGGUUGGUCAGCUUGUAUUGUUUACAACUCGGCAAAACUGUUGGUCAGGAGGACGGGUUUUGUUUCAGGCAAUUCUGUCUUGGUAUCAGUAUGUACAGCGACUGGAUGACACGAAUAGAAGAUGCAGCUUGUUUGAUUUCUGCUCUUGUUGCGUUCCCAACCCUUCCUAUUGCGAUGCUAAAAAG